GUUGAAACUAAACAAACAAUGUAUUUCUGAGGUUUUGCUUUUUCCAGUAUAUGAAUGUCAAGCGUCCAGUUAAGUCAAGCCUCUUCCUAAUGAUAGAGACUCCCUUGCUGGUUGGCCAAUAGAGAUACCGAAAGUCUUAUGCGAUUUUGAAGUAAACAAUCACUAAAAGAAAAAAUAACUGUAUCAAAACUAAGCAUUUCUUUGAUAUGCCAGGAGACACAAGGCAUGGUCAUGGUGAUGACCCAAAUGAAAGCAUUUCUUCUCUGCCAAAGGUAGCCUCACUUCCAUGGGACAUGAAGACCGAGAAUUCAAUGCUGAGAUCUCGUCUGGAAGAGCAAUCUCAGCUAAUAUGCUUACUGAAACAGCGUGCUGAUGGCACAAUCCAUCGGUGCCAAGGCCUAGAAAGGAUAAAUGAAGAGCUAGAGAGAAGAAGUAAAGAGCUUGCUGAAAAGUUUGAAGCAGAGCAGAAGAGGGCUGAUAAACUGGAUGAGAGUUUCAACUUACUGGCUGACAAUCACCAACAGAUGAUUCAUUUCAAAGAUGAAUACAAAAGACAGAAUGAUGAGUUACGACGUGAGUGUGAGAAGCUUUGUAACAAUGCUCAACCUGAGCUGCUGGAGAAGGACCGGAGCAUCCACCAACUGAAUGACCAGCUACACGCAAUGGAAAAGGUGCAGCGGGAGCAGAGCCUGAGGCAUGAGAAAGAGUUGGAGUCCAUGGAAGAAAGACUGGGACAACUAAUGGAGAAAAACCAGGGACAAACUAUAGAGCUAGACUCACUGAAACUGAAACUAACGGUAAGAUAGUGCUAACCUUUAUCCAUUAUGCCAUGCACUUCUUUCUGUCUUGUGUUUUAACUUUCAUUUGUGUAUGGUGCAGAGAGUAACAUGUACUCACUCUUAUUUAGAGAGUGACUUAUAAUUAUAUAUUUUUGAGUAAUAAACCUUUUGUACAGAAUGACUGCAUGGAAUAAAAUUAGGUUUCAUAGACUUAAAUAAGUGUCCUUUGAUUGGUGGAGCCUCUUUCUGGUCCAGAGAUGUCCAUCCCCUGACACUUGAUGUUUAACUGUAGAAGCUUAAAGGAAUAUUCAAACAACAAACUAAAAUUAAAAAUUCCUGUGUAUUCUUUUUUAGUAAAACACCUUAAAAAUAAUUGAAAUGAUUGAAAUUGAAAUAUUGACUGUACGCUUGUUUUCAGCAGGGUCCUCAUUAACCUAGUGUUCCUCUCAAAGCUUGUAAUAGUUUGUCUCAUGUGUAGUUAAAUUCCCACCUUUAUAACAUUGUAAAGUACUGCAGAAUAAAUUGGCGCUAUAUAAUUGCCAAUAAUAAUGAAAAUGGAAAUUCUUUUUGUCUUCUUGUGUCAAGCAGAAUUCGCAAGAAUUGUGCUGUCAGUCGCAGGAAGAAUUACUGCGCAUGGUGGAAGCACGCAGAGUUGAACAGAAGGAAGCAGAAAGGCGUAUUAGUGAAAUGACAAAGGAGAAAGAAGACCUGCUCAAGUUGUGUAUGGACAGAGGAAAAUCCAUACAAGACAAGCAAAAAGAGAUUUCUGAGCUUAGUGAUAGGUUGCAAGACACUGAAAAGGCACGGCAGAGAGCAGAGGAGAAGUUUCAUCAAGACUCUGCUGCAGUGGAUACAGAUAUCAGAGUGUCAGAGCUACACAAAAAGCUGGAGGAAAGUGAUAAGGAACUGGGGCAGCUCAGGAGGGAAUUUGAAGCCUACAAAAUUCACAGCGGGAACUUGUUAUCCAAGGAAAGAGAACUGAAUGCAAAACUACGGCACUUGAUUGGUUGAACACACUCAUGAUAAUAUUAUGAAAUGUCCUAUUUUUUAAUGAAAUUUGACAUAUUGUUUUAAAAGUCGUUUUAGAAUGACAUAUUCGAAUUAAGAUUAAACAGAGAAACAUAAAUACAUAGAAUGUGACGGCAGAUAAGAACCAAUCGGCCCAUCUGCUCUACCCAAUUUUCGAAAUACUUAAGUUAGUCCCUGGCUUUAUCUUAAGUCUAGGAUAGCCUUAUGCCUAUCCCAUGCAUGCUCACUGUGUUAACAGCUGGAAGGCUAUUUCAUGUGUCCACUACCGUCUCUGUAAAGUAAUACUUCCUUUUGCCCCUCUAAUUUAAGACUAUGUCCUCCUAUAGUCUCCUCCUUUACUGUGUUGAUUCCUUUUAAGUAUUUAAAUGUUUCUAUCAUAUCCCCCCAUCUCGUCUUUCCUCCAAGCUAUACAUGUUAAGACCCUUUAACCUUUCAUGGUAAGUUUUAUCCUGCAAUCCAUGAACCAGUUUAGUAACCCUUCUCCGAACUCUUUCCAAAGUAUCAAUAUCCUUGUGAAGAUAUGGUCUCCAGUACUGCAUAGAAUACUCCAAGUGAGGUCUUACCAGUGGCAUGAGUACUUCCCUCUUUCUACUGCUAAUAUCUCUCCCUAUACAACCAAGCAUUCUGCUAGCAUUUCCUGCUGCUCUCUUACAUUGUCUGCCUACCUUUAAGUCAUCUGAAAUAAUUACUCCUAAAUCCCUCCCCUCACAUGUUGAGGUUAGUAGUGUAUCAAAUAUUCUAUACUCUGUCCUUGGGUUUUUACCCCCAAUAUGCAUUAUCUUGCACUUAUCCACAUUAAAUGUCAGUUUCCACAACUCUGACCAUUUUUCUAAUUUACCUAAAUCAUUUGCCAUUUGGCUUAUCCCUCCUGGAAUAUCAACCCUGUUGCAAAUUUUAGUAUCAUCGGCAAAAAGACAUACGUUAUCAUCAAAACCUCAUGCAAUAUCACUAAUCAAAAUAUUAAAGAGAAUGGGUCCAAGUACAGAUCCAUAAGGUACCACACUAGUAACUAGACCUUGCUUUCAAUAUACUCCAAGGUCUAGUUACUAGUGUGGUACCUACAAAGCAGGCCCAAACCAUAAUGCCCCCACCACCAUACUUCACAGUUGGGAUGAGAUUUUGAUGUUGGUGUGCUGUGCCUUUUUUUCGCCACACAUAGUGUUGUGUGUUUCUUCCAAACAACUCAACUUUGGUUUCAUCUGUCCACAGAAUAUUUUGCCAGUACUGCUGUGGAACAUCCAGGUGCUCUUGUGCAAACUGUAAACGUGCAGCAAUGUUUUGUUUGGACAGCAGUGGCUUCCUCUGUGGUAUCCUCCCAUGAAAUCCAUUCUUGUUUAGUGUUUUACGUAUUGUAGAUUCGCUAACAGGGAUGUUAGCAUUUGCCAUUGACUUUUGUAAGUCUUUAGCUGACACUCUAGGAUUCUUCACCUCAUUGAGCAGUCUGCGCUGUGCUCUUGCAGUCAUCUUUACAGGACGGCCACUCCUAGGGAGAGUAGCAGCAAUGCUGAACUUUCUCUAUUUGUAGACAAUUUGUCUUACCGUGGACUGAUGAACAGCAAGGCUUUUGGAGAUACUUUUAUAGCCCUUUCCAGCUUUAUGCAAGUCAACAAUUCUUAAUUGUAGCUCUUCUGAGAGCUCUUUUGUGCAAGGCAUCAUUCACAUCAGGCAAUGCUUCUUUUGAAAAGCAAACCCAGAACUGAUGUGUGUUUUUUAUAGGGCAGGGCAGCUGUAACCAACACCUCCAAUCUCAUCUCAUUGAUUGGGCUCCAGUUGGCUGACAUCUCACUCCAAUUAGCUCUUGGAGAUGUCAUUAGUCUAGGGGUUCACAUACUUUUUCC